GCGUUCCCAUCUCCAUGCUAUCCAGUCUGCCACGCCGUGCCGCUCGGCAGCUCCGUGGCGUCGCGGCUCCGAGCCUGCGCGGAGCUGCGCGGCCGCUUUCGACCGCCCCGUCGGAUGCGCCGGAGGAGGAGCCUGAGACCAAAAAGCUCACCAUGGUCGCCGCAAUCAACGACGCCCUCAGGAUAGCGCUGAAGACCGACGAGUCGGCCGUCGUCUUUGGUGAGGACGUCGCCUUUGGCGGCGUCUUCCGCUGCACGAUGGGCCUGCGCGACGAGUUUGGGGAGGAGAGGGUGCUCAACAUGCCGAUCAACGAGCAGGGGCUCGUGGGAUUUGGGAUCGGGCUGGCCGCGGUGGGUAGCACCGCCAUCGCCGAGGUCCAGUUCGCCGACUACAUCUUCCCGGCGAUGGACCAGAUUUGCAACGAGGCUGCUAAGUUCCGGUACCGCUCGGGCGCCGAGUUCGACUGCGGCGGGCUGACGAUCCGUGCGCCGGCGCAAGCGGUGGGGCAUGGCGGGCACUACCACUCGCAGUCGCCCGAGGCCUACUUUGCGCACACGCCCGGCCUCAAGGUCGUGUACCCGCGCGAUGCGUACACCGCCAAGGGGUUGCUGCUCUCCUGCAUCCGCGACCGCAACCCGUGCCUCUUCUUCGAGCCGAAGAUCCUGUACCGCUCCUCGGUCUGCGACGUGCCCACCGGCGACUACAUGCUGCCGCUCGGGGAGGCCGAGGUCCUCUCGCCCGGAGAGCACAUCACUUGCGUCGCGUGGGGGGCACAGGUGCACACGAUGGCGCGCGCGUGCGAGCGGGCGGCGGCAGAGGGCGUGUCGUGCGAGGUCAUCGACCUGCAGACGAUUGCGCCGUGGGACAUGCACACGAUCCGCGACUCUGUCCAGAAGACGGGCCGGUUGCUGGUGACGCACGAGGCGCCACUCACCGCCGGCUUUGGCGCCGAGGUUGCCGCCGCCAUCCAGGACGCGUGCUUUGACCACCUCGAGGCACCGAUCGCGCGCGUGUGCGGCGCCGACACGCCCUUCCCGCUCGCGUUUGAGAAGCUGUACCUUCCGGACGAGCUCAAGAUUUACGACGCAAUCAUGCGGACGGUGCAGUACUAGCGGUAGCGCGGUACUCAUGGCAGCAGCAUUGUGGCACUGGCAGCAGCGAUGUGUCCCCUCCCUCCAGCCGCGCUCGAUUCACGCCGUCCAGCCUUCCCGCCCGAAGGGGGGGGGGGGGGGGGGAGUCGAGAGGCGCGCCAGCCUUUUCGCACCGCAGGGGGGGCGAGGGGACCGCCGCCCGCACUACUGCAUGUCCGCCGCGCGCCGAGCAACGUCUAGCGCGUCCUGGCCUGCGACAGGCCGCGUGUGUUUUCUGCCGCCUGCGGAGUUGAUGUCACGAAAGGUAGUUGCUAGUGGUCGAUCCCGCGCCAGUCGUUCUCGUUGCCGGCGCCCAGCUGUGCGUGUAUAAGCAGUGUCGCUACUCGUACCACUCUCGGAAUCUGCGGCAAAA